CCCCAUUUAAAGCAAAAGCCCCUUCCUUCCUUCUCCGAAUUAAAAAACAACAAAAUCCCCUGAACCUGACCCUCCUCCACUUCGCUUCCACUAUAUAUCCCCAUCACAUACAGAAAACUGUUUUUUUAUUGAUCCGCCUGCUUCUGAUCCACCUCAAAGCUGUCAUCUUUAUCGUCUCCCACCUCUUUCCACUCCAAUUCCUCUUCUGGGUCUUCUUCCUCCAGUUUUUUAUAAUCAUAUAUCUGUUCACCUAUUUUGGAAUCUCUUGUUCCCUUGGUUUCCUUUCUGUCGUUACUCUUGCCUCAUCAUCUCUGAAUCUUUCUUCAAAUCAAAACCUACCUUCCCCCAAUUCAAUUCAACCCCUGACGACACCUUUCUUCUCCUCUUCCUCUUCCACUCGCUGAUCCAGAAUUUUGAUAAGCUAUCAGCAGCAGCUGGGUCUUAAAUGGGUCACUGCAUAAGCAAAGGCGGCAGAGGCGGCGAUGCUUUCCGCUACAACCACAAUGAUAACAAUCAUCACAACAAUUACCAUCCCAAAUCUCGAGACCUGCCUCCUGCUGAUUAUACCAAUCAUUCAUCCAAACCUCCUCCUCCUCCGCCGACCACCGGAGACUCUGCCGGCGGCCAUGUGAUUCCUCCACAAUCCCCACUCCGGACCCCAAAGAAGCCCGGUUUCCUCGCUCCGCCGAGCCCGAAGCCGGCCCGGCGACCCGAUACGAUCCUCGGGAAGGCCUAUGAGGACGUCAAGCUUCACUACACGAUCGGAAAAGAACUGGGUCGGGGCCAAUUUGGGGUUACUUACCUCUGCAUCGAGAAUUCCACCGGGAAGCAGUACGCCUGCAAGUCGAUUUCCAAGAGGAAGCUGGUCACGAAGAACGACAAGGAGGAUAUGAAGAGGGAGAUUCAGAUAAUGCAGCACCUUAGCGGGCAGCCCAAUAUCGUUGAGUUCAAGGGCGCGUACGAGGAUAAGCAGACGGUUCAUCUGGUCAUGGAGCUGUGUGCCGGCGGGGAGCUCUUCGAUCGGAUUAUUGCCAAGGGCCAUUACAGUGAGAAGGAAGCUGCUGGGAUUUGCAGGUCGAUUGUGAAUGUGGUGCAUAUUUGCCAUUUCAUGGGUGUGAUGCAUAGGGAUCUCAAGCCGGAGAAUUUCCUGCUCUCCAGUAAAGAUAACAACACUGCUCUCCUCAAGGCUACUGAUUUUGGCCUCUCCGUGUUCAUUGAAGAAGGGAAAGUGUAUCGGGAUAUCGUUGGGAGUGCGUAUUAUGUUGCUCCUGAGGUAUUGAGGCGCAAAUAUGGCAAGGAAAUAGAUAUAUGGAGUGCUGGGGUUAUACUCUAUAUCUUGCUCAGUGGUGUGCCUCCAUUUUGGGCAGAGAAUGAGAAGGGAAUCUUUGACGCCAUAUUGCAAGGUGACAUUGAUUUCGAAAGUCACCCCUGGCCGGUUAUCUCGAGUAGUGCAAAAGACCUGGUUCAGAAAAUGCUAACCCAGGAUCCUAAGAGACGAAUUACUGCUGCUCAAGUCCUUGAUCAUCCCUGGCUCAAGGAAGGUGGAGAAGCUUCAGAUAAGCCAAUAGACAGUGCAGUCCUUUCUAGGAUGAAGCAAUUCAGAGCAAUGAACAAGCUCAAGAAACUGGCUUUGAAGGUCAUCGCUGAAAACCUUUCUAAAGACGAAAUCCAAGGGCUGAAAUCCAUGUUUGCUAACAUUGAUACUGACAAUAGUGGCACGAUCACCUAUGAAGAACUGAAGUCAGGGUUGGCUCGCCUUGGAUCGAAGCUCACAGAAGCUGAAGUGAAGCAGCUCAUGGAGGCUGCUGACGUUGAUGGAAACGGGACAAUCGAUUACAUUGAAUUCAUCACGGCUACCAUGCACAGACAUAGAUUAGAAAGAGAUGAACAUCUUUUCAAAGCCUUCCAAUACUUCGACAAGGACAGCAGUGGUUUUAUAACUAAAGAUGAGCUAGAGAUGGCCAUGAAGGACUACGGUAUAGCAGAUGAUGCAACAAUCAGAGAAAUCAUAGCUGAAGUAGAUACCGAUAAUGAUGGUAGAAUCAACUAUGAAGAGUUCUGUGCUAUGAUGAGAAGUGGAACACCUCAUCAGGCCAAGCUUUUCUAAAUCCACCAGUGCAGUGGCUGCCUUAUCAUUCUCCAUCUCCAUGUGAGUUUCUUCCAACCACAAUGGAUAUCAGGGCAGGGAGGUUUCAUCCUCAUUCAGGCACCUGAAUGAACGCAUAUAAACUUUGAAACACCUGAAAGCAUAGAACUUGAGACAGCCCUCCUCCCUCUUUUGAGAUACUUGCGAGGCUUUCAUUUGGGUUGUUUUGACAAGCAAGAAUCAUAAGCGAUGUGAAUAUAUAAGUUGAAUUUUUUCUAAAAGUAUCUGUUGUUACAGCAGAUUUGAGUUUGACAAGAAAACAAGUUGUAAGAUUAGUAUAAGUGAUCCUUUUUCCUCCUAACUUGUAAGCGUAACGGUGAAAUGAGCACCAUGGCACUUGGUUCUUCUGAGAGAGCAUUUAUACUGCUGCAACUUUCCUCCCAAUACCAAUAUACGCUGCUGGCAAUGUGGACAGUCUUUCUUUUUUCCUUUUCUUAGAACCGGAAUACCCUCUGCAGUCUGCAGUUUGCAGACAUGAAUAACCAGAUCUGUACCCUUUGGAAUGAAUCUUAAACAAAGAAUACUAGUUUUGACCAUUGAUUAACCAAUGAGAAUGACCUAAUGUGUUUCAAAUUCCGUUGAAACCUUCACAACCAGAAGCAAAACUAUGAUGACAUCUCCUUAUGUUAGCUGCUUUUUUUCAAG